UGCACCGGCCUCUCGACGUCGCUGUGCCGAAAGCAGCUUCUAGCCAUGGUUCCUUUAUAGAUGACACCCCUCCGUCGAACAGCUCGAGUUUCGGUCCGCGCCCUCUGACCUCCUGCUACCGCCCGAGACGACGCCCCAUCGCCGCAGUCCAACGAGGGUCAGAAACAUCUUGCAGCCACCCGCGAUGGUGGGGUCAAGCGUCGUGGUGAACCAUGCUGGGGCUGCGCCUGUGGGUGGCUUCGACGGACGGGCCGGCGGUGCAAAUGGGGGGCAGCGGCCACUGCUGCACAUUGACGACAUCACCUCGGUCACUGUCGGGAUCGACGACCACGCCCCCGUGGAGAAGGUUUUACAAAUGGCCGAGUACUGUCUGCGGCAGGCCGAGUCCUCCAAGGCAUUUGGCCGGCCCGAUCUCGCUCUGAAGGACUACAUCCGGACCAACAUUAUCCUGCUGGACACCAUCAAGAAGAAUAAGGGGUGGCCUUCUCUCCAGAGGGAUAGCAGGACCCAGUUCGAGCGCUACCAGCGGCUCCUGCGCCAGGUUCACGCUGCUCACAGCGAGUUCGAAGCCAUCAAAGCGCAGAUCAAGGCCGAUAAUGCCAGGACGGGCGUCCAGCCCACAAGUCCCCGGCCAGGCGUACCCGCGGACGGGGUAACGCAGCCAGCUGAAAAUGGCAUCGUGGACGGCCACGACAAGGUCACCCGUCUGAAUGGUAGUCAGGUCGUGAAGGAGAAUGGUGUUGCCGCGUCCCCUGCGCCGUCUACGCCCAAGAGCAAGCCCGUUGUGCACCCCAAACCCCAGAAGCUCCAAGGGAAUGCCGUAGGCUCGGUCAAGGCUCAGGAUCUCGUUCAGCGCUUUGCGAAUCUGCGUGCGAGUACGGCCAAUGCGACGCAAGACCCGCGCAUUCGAACGCGACCGAUCGUGCUGCCAGAAGUGCCGGAGCCCCGAAAUCCCCCGGGGUUGCCCCCUCCAAGUGCGCCCGUCACGGGGGUCAUCGCCGAGAUGCCUAGGAUACCCGACGCUGUUUAUAACCCACCGAGAGGGACUAUUUCGAGCGAGACUGCCGCGCUGCCUUCGAGCGCGCCUCGAGCCAUGUUCACGAGAACAGACUCAACCGCAUCGCUUAACGCCGCGAGGAGCGGCAAGCCACCUUAUGCCGCUACUGAAAGCUCGGCACCCAGUCAGACCUCUGGCCUGACAAGCGCUCCAGCCAAGCGGACGAAACUGUCUAUUCCUGACGGCGACACCAUCUCUGUCGAGGACCUGAUCCAAUUCAUGCGGGCCGGUGCCAGAGAUCUCUCCAUUCUACUCAUUGACAUCAGAAGCCGCGAGGAAUUUGACCAGGGUCACAUCAUGUCCCAAGCGACUAUAUGCCUCGAACCCGAAGUGCUGUCGCGCGGGCAUAUCUCGGCAAACCAGAUCGCAGAUAGCAUGGUGCUGGCGCCGGCAACAGAGCAACUGCUCUUUGAAAAGAGACACGAGUUUGACUUGAUAGUGUUCUAUGAUCAGGAUUCCACACGCAUCCCCGAUAAUCCGCAAACAGUCGAGGAGAGAGCGGUGUCCGGCCUUUUCAAUGCUCUCAGUCGAUACGAUUUCUCGGACGGGCCAGGGCAGAAGCCGGGACCGAGGCUGCUGCGGGGCGGCCUUGAUGCAUGGACGAGCCUGGUCGGCAGCGCGAGUCUGCAGUCGUCAUCGACAAUUACAACAAAAAAGUACACGGUGACGCCGCUGGCGAAGUCGUUCCUGACCCCGCGCCAGAAAUACGUAACCCGGCCAAUCCAAGAUCCGGCAGAAGCGAAACGGUGGGAAGACACAAUCGCGGAUGCCGGCGCUCUCUCCGUAGUCAGGACAACCGAGGAUUUUCUCCGCCGGUUCCCUCCAAUUUCGGAUUACAAGGAGUCGAUGGUCGCUCCGGCCACACCACAAUUCGACCGUCCUCAGAGCCCAUUUCCACACCAAUCCUCUCAUGCCGACAGUCUUUACAGCUCUCUCCCUUCGCCACCUACACGUCCACCCCCAGCAGUUCCCCGGAGGAGCUACAGUGGGCUCGCCGAAGCCGACGACAGCUCUUUCGCCAUGGCGACGAAGCCUUCAGUCAUGACCGGCGGUGCGGGACGGGAAAAUCGGACGGGGUUGCAGAAUCCGGGCGUGUGGUGCUUCGCGAACAGCUCUUUACAGGCUAUGUUCGCUACGCCCGGUUUUGCGCGGGAACUGUGGUCGGGGUCUUGGAAGGACACAUACCAGGUUCCCAAAAAGGCCGAUGAGAGGUUGGAGAAUCCCCAGCUUCUCGUCAAGAUGCUGGCCGACCUGUUUCGUUGGCUCAACCAAGGGACUUUCAAGUCGCUCAAGGCCCAGACGCUCAUGGAUUAUCUCCACCACAUACACUCCACAACUGCCGACGGGAGGGAGAAACCCGAAUGCGAGAUCUUUGGUGGCCCGUCCCAGCAAGAUGCACAGGAGUUCUAUUCGUUUGUGCUGGACAACAUCCACGACGAGACAAACGUUCGCCGCGACAGAAACCCGCCCAAGGAAGAAAAGCCCUUCACCCCGAAGGAUGGCAGCAUCAUUCGCAACGCCAUCGACUACUGGCGCGACCACUCAAACACCAGCGCCUCCAUCGUCGACAAGUACUUCCGGGGUCUGGAGGUCUUCAUCUCGUCCUGCCACAACCGCGGCUGCCGGCAGGAACUGCGCCUCUUCCAGCCCUGCGACGUCUGGAUCCUCAACCUAGCCGGCAUGGGCGACGAGACCGAUCUGGACAGUCUGCUGGCCGGCCACCAGACGUCAGAAUACUUCGAAGACCUCGUGUGCGAAACGUGCAACAAGCCGGGGCGCUCGCGCAAGGCCAAGUUCGCCCGCCUGCCCGACCGGCUGGUCUUCUGCCUCAACCGGUUCCAGAACGCCGGCGACUCCAGCACCCGGCUCCGGUCGUCGGGCAAGCUGCACACCAAGGUGCGCUUCCCCAUCCGGGACCUCGACCUGACGCGCUACUGCGCCGAGCCGGACCCGGACAUGACGGUGACGGACGACCGGCACUUCGCCGGCCGCAUGCUGUACGACUGCUACGCCGUCACGGUGCACGUCGGCCAGGGCAUCAACGGCGGGCACUACUACAGCUACGUGCAGGACGAGACCUCGGCCGACCCGACCGACUGGUUCCGGUGCAACGACCAGAACGUGAGCCGCGUCAAGAUCGGCAGCGCCCAGUCCCGCGACAUGACCGAGACCAUGUACCAGAAGGGGAACACGUCGGCGUAUAUGGUGUUUUAUCGGCGGAGGGGGACGUGAACUCGUUCACGGGGCCGU